UCUAAACAUUAUACCUCAGGAACAUUCGCUUAUGCGGGCAGCCAACUCGGCGCGGUGAUCACAAUGCCGAUUGCUGGAGUUCUCGCUGCAUCCAACAGUGGUUGGCCCAGUAUCUUUUACAUAUUCGGUGUAUUAGCGAUUAUCUGGAGCAUAGCGUUCCUUUAUUUUGGAGCAGACACACCGUCCAUUCAUCGCAGUAUUUCUCCGGAGGAGAGGAUGUAUAUAGAAGACAGUUUGAGGACAACUGAAGCAAAAAGCGAUGACGAGGUCAAACAGAAACUGAAAACACCGUGGAAGCACAUAUUCACUUCGCUACCUAUGUGGGCUAUCAUAAUAGCCCACUCCACGCAAAAUUGGGGAGGAACGACUUUAUCGACGCAAAUACCGAGUUACAUAACAGGCGUGUUGAAUUUCAAUGUCAAAGAGAGUGGUAUAAUUUCCGCUUUGCCAUACUCGGUGAAGUUUAUUCUUACCUUUCCCAUAAGCUGGCUAUCCGACUUUGCAUUGAAGAAAGGUGCGGCCAGGGGUACAAUUAGAAAGAUUUGCAACACAGUGGCUUAUUGGGGUCCGGCUAUCGCUCUGGCAUGUAUGAGCGUCGUACCCACCGAUGGUUAUAUAUGGGCCAUUGUCAUCCUUGUUCUGGCAGUAAGUCUGAACGCUGGGGGUUUAAGCGGCUUCCUCAUCAAUCAUAUAGAUCUUAGCCCAAACUUUGCUGGGACCAUGGUAUCCAUCACCAAUACCUUUGCCACCGUCAUCUCUAUUAUCGCGCCACUAAUAUGUGCUAUCAUCGUCACCGACGAGAGUAACGUGUAUCAGUGGAACAUCGUGUUCUACGUCUCAGCGGCGCUUUUCUUUCUAGGUAAUUUGGUGUUUGUGAUAUUCGGCAAAGGCGAGAUACAAUGGUGGAAUGACCCAAAAGCACAACAGCCGAAACGAAAGGAGAAAAAAGAGAACGAAACGCACAUUUAAAAUUUUAUAAAAUUAACUUUGAUACGCUCUUGUGAAAUUUUUGUAACUUGUCAUUGGACUAAAUCCUACGGCAAGUUAUAAAAUAUGCGGGUGUGUAAUGUAGGGGAAACCGGGGCUAAAAGUAACACGGGUAAGUUGUCACAAAGCUUAUAUCUCACUUAAUAGAUUGAGUGGAAUAUUUUUCUUUAUAGUAUAGGUUGCUCCUAUCGUGUUAGUCGGGUGCACGAAAUAGCUCGUUUCAAAAACAUCGCAUGUAAUAUUUACGAGCACUUUUUAAAAAUUGGAUCGUGAGUAAGUUUUUCUUGCCUGUAUUUUUAUUAUUCCGUUGGUUUUUGGAAUUACUGUCGUAAUAUUUCUUUUUGGUCAUAAGAAAUAUUAUAGUUUUAAAUAAUUUUUCCUGUAUUUAGUUAACCGUCAUUGCAACAUAGUUUAUAAAUAUAAUCUUCUUUGUUCAAAAUGACCAUUCAGGGUAAGUUGUCUCAAAUGAGAUGGGAUUCAAAGUUUAUGAGAAUUAUUAUUCUUUUAUUUACUCAAAGCUUAUGAAAGUAUUACAAAGUUUAUGAAAAUUAUUAUUCUUUCAUUUACUCUAAGUUUAUGAGAAUUAUAUUACAAAGUUUACGAAAAUUAUUA